GAGAGAGAGAGAGAUGAAGAGAGCAAGAAAUUGAGUGGUGGCAGAGAGAAAGGAGCCAAGAAACGGAGUGAAGGACACCACACGGCAGAAUAUAAAUCUGUAUGUUAACAGGACUAAAGCACGGAGGUUUUGAGGUGGCUUUAAUGCUGAUGCUUCUCGGGGACUGCUCAUAAAGGCUCAAGAGGUGGUCUUGUCUCUUCGAUCAGUGCAAAUAAGGGAAGUGGAACCCGCGGAAUCAGUAAACGCCGGUGUUUCAGUCACGGUGGUGGGCUGGUCGGAGGUCUCUGACCCCCUCAUUUUUAUUUCUUGGAAGAAAAGAGAAGCGCUAAAGAGACACCAGAGAAAAGGGAAGGUGACAGCGAGGGACCAGUGAGCCAUUUCUCUCUUUAUUACCUUCAUUCAGAAAACCAUUGCAUCCUAUUAUCAAAGCGAUGUAGAGGCAUUCUCUCCAAUUGGAGGAGGAAGGGUCCCAUUGACUGCUGAGGCUUAGCGCCCCUCUUCAAAUGGUAGUUCUUUUCAUCCCAUUCCCCCCCUCAUUGCCUAUGUCCUUCUGUCUGCUGUUUUUUUGUUCUCUUUUCUUUUCCCUUCCUUUGGAGUCUUCUCAGGAAGCAGGAGGCAUUGCGUUUUUUUAGUAGAAGUGGGUGUUUCUUUCAUUGUUUUUGGUUCCUCUGCAAAAGGACAGCUGAGCAGGGAGAGUGAGAUACAGCUCUGGAGAUAAUAAAACGGCAGACUGAACGAAAAGGGGGACCUGGCACUUCAGGAACAGCUGGCAAACCAAUGGCAUGUGAGACGUAAUGAAAAGAAAACUGUUACUGAGUCUGACAACCAUUUUAAGGUAGCUAUUCACUGAGAAUAUUGCAGCUUCUCUGAGGGAAAAAGGAGACUGUGCCAAACAUCAGUCCUAGGUACAGUCUGCUUUUCCUGUUGCUAAGCAAAGUGUCUAACCUGAAGUUCGUAGAGACUACUGAGCAUCACUUUACAGCCAUGAAAGGAAGCUCAGAGGAAAGCAUUGAAAGUGUCAGGCCCUCCAACCUGCAAGCAUUUGCCAAUAUAUCCACCCUACAUGGCAUGAGCCACAUAUUUGCCUAUGGACACAUGACAUUCCGUCGAUUUCUUUGGACUAUAUCUUUCUUGGGCUCCCUAAGCUUACUAAUGCUGGUCUGCUUGGAUCGGGUUUCAUAUUAUCUAGAGUAUCCUCAUGUCACCAAGUUGGACGAAGUGGCAGCAACAAACCUUACCUUUCCUGCAGUUACCUUCUGCAACCUCAAUGAAUUCCGCUUCUCCAAAAUCACAAAGAAUGAUCUUUAUCAUGUUGGAGAACUCCUGGCCCUCCUUAACAAUAACCAUCAAAUAGCCAACCCACACUUGGCUGAGGCUGAAGUUCUGGCAGUCCUAAAGGAAAAGGCAAACUUCCAGAACUUUAAGCCCAAACUUUUCAACAUGACUGAUUUCUAUAACCGGACAGGACAUGACAUUGUUGAAAUGCUUCUGCAGUGCACCUUUCGAGGAGAGGAAUGCUUCGCUGUAAAUUUCACCACAAUUUACACUCGCUACGGGAAAUGCUACACCUUCAACUCGGGGCUAGAUGGCAACCCUUUGCUGACCACAUUAAAGGGAGGCACAGGGAAUGGAUUGGAAAUCAUGCUGGAUAUCCAGCAGGAUGAAUACCUGCCUGUUUGGGGAGAGACAGAUGAGACAUCGUAUGAAGCGGGCAUCAAGGUUCAAAUCCACAGCCAGGACGAGCCGCCCUUCAUUGACCAGCUGGGAUUUGGUGUAGCCCCUGGUUUUCAAACUUUUGUGUCAUGUCAGCAGCAACUGCUUCAGUACCUCCCACAACCUUGGGGAGAUUGCAAGUCUACACCGAUAGAGUCAGAUUUUUUCUCAACGUACAGCAUCACUGCAUGCCGCAUUGACUGUGAAACACGAUACCUGCUGGAGAACUGCAACUGCAGGAUGGUUCACAUGCCUGGUACAUCAACAGUUUGCACGCCUGAGCAGUACAAAGACUGUGCUGACCCAGCUUUAGACUUUUUGGUAGAGAAAGACAACGAUUACUGUGUCUGUCAGACCCCCUGCAACAUGACUCGCUAUGGCAAGGAGCUGUCCAUGGUAAAGAUCCCAAGUAAGGCAUCUGCUAAAUAUCUGGCUAAGAAAUUCAACAAAACUGAGCAAUAUAUUGGAGAGAAUAUAUUGGUGUUGGACAUCUUCUUUGAAGCUCUAAACUAUGAGAAAAUUGAGCAGAAGAAGGCUUAUGAAAUUGCAGGACUUCUCGGUGACAUCGGAGGUCAGAUGGGGCUAUUUAUUGGAGCCAGUGUUCUGACAAUACUGGAAAUAUUUGACUACCUGUAUGAGGUGUUUAAGGAUAAGGUUCUUGGAUACUUCAUGCGUAAGAAACGGCCGCAGCGUUGUCAGAGCGACAAUCUGGAGUUUCCAGAGAACCCAACCAGCCCUGGUGUCACGCCUAAUCAUGCCCCCAGAGCACAUGCGACACCCUCCGGAGUCACUCGGACAGUCUCGGAUUCACGCCGAACAUGUUACCUCGUCACCCGACUUUAGGCAACUUUGAAGAAUUUGCUUGUUGAUGACACAACGCUCAGGCUGUGGCACAUCUUGAGACUUGACGGCAAACUGUGAAAAUAUUUGUGUAUUCAAAGGAUAAGCAUUACGUGUAUGCUAAAAAUCAGUUUGAUAGAAAUAGAAUAUCAUCAAAACACACAUGUACACAAAAAGAGACCACUUCCAGAACAGAACUCAGGUUUAACACCCAUGCGAAGGGCAUAAAUGUUCAUUUUAUCCGUGUAUCAUUUUGUAGCUUAGCUUCUGUCACUGAAGUUCUAACGAUCCACACUGACAAAUCUGUCUGAAAAAGUUGAGUUUUGUGACAGCUCCAUUCAAGUAUUGCCUUGCAUUAAUCAAUUCAGAACAAAAACGGUAAAAAUAGGGACUGGUAUGUGCAGUAAUGUUUAUUUUCACAGUGGUAUAUUUCCCAACAUACAACCAAUGCUUUUCUUUUAACUGAUUGUUGGUUGAAAGCUUUUCAGACCUGAAUGAAAACACUCGUGCUUAAUGUUGCCUUUUCCCACAGUGACACUGUGGAUUGUCUCAUUAAUUAGACAGCUAUGUGUACUUGACUUUAAAAAUGAGCAGGAACUUCAUUAUUUGUACAUAUGCAAAAGCAUAAAGUAUUAUUUGCCGUUUGCCAAGUGACAGACUGAGGAACAAUUGUUUUGUUGCCUUCAGUCAUUUUAUUUUUAGAAUUUUAUCAUUAAAAAAGGGAGUGGAUUUUAUCUUUAGGUCAUUUUAGUUUUCUGUUAGUUGUUUGCCCUUUUUUUAAAGUUCCCUUCCAUUUUGAUGGGUGAAAACCAUUUAUCAGUUGAAAUAACACAGUAUGGCAAGCUGUUUAUCAUAAAAUAUUAAAAGCACAUACUGAAUUUGUAAUUGAAUUACUAUUACGCAACAAGAAUAAUGCAGCAAUGAAAAAAAGCUAAAUCUUUACAAAGUCAGAUACCUACAUUCAAUUCCCUAAAAUUAUUUGAUCCUUUGCAGAUCUUUCCUCAGAAGCAGAUUUUAAAAUGUGAGUUAUUUUAUCUUUUGAUAUCUCUACUCCCUGAACUAAAAUUGCCCCCAAAUAGUCCAAUAAUAUUGAGCUGAACUAAUCUAAAAUCAGGUUGGACUGACAUGCAGAGGUUCUCUCUCAACGGGAAGCAGGCAGAUAUGAGUAAUUAUUUUCAUUGCAAACAGAGCAUUUGAAAAACAUAGCAGGAGAACAAAUCAUAUUAUUAUAUAAUUACAACAUUUUAUGAGAAUUUCCAUAGAUUUUGUAGCAGUGGUGAGUCUGAACCAUAUGCCUGCUUCUCUUAAUUGAGUCAUCUGUCAGAAAUGUAUAACUUAAAAAAAAAGUCUAUGGCUGUCUGGCUUGGCUGGAGAUCAAAUUACUAUCACUACGGUAACAGAGAAGUAAGGAGGUGAUUUUACAGCUUUAUUCAAGCCAAAUAGUUUCAUGCACCACUGAAACAUCAUGAUGAUAUGAAAUAUCGCUAAGAAAGGAAUAAGACAGCCCUCUACAUCUAUGUUCUUUGUGACUUGGAAGAAUUGGAUUAUUGACAGUAGCAGUAGAUAUCAAGUCUAGACUUUGCAUGUGAAAAUAGACAAAUGACAAAACAUUUUACACUUAAUUUAUUUUUCUUUCUUUGUUGUUGUUUUGGUUUUUUUGGGGGGAAAAUGCCUUGGAAUUUAAUGAAAUCUAGUUAGAAUGU